UCGCAGCGGUCCUCCCGCCGUGGGGACCUCCAUAAUUCUUGGUCCAGCGCGUUGACGUUGGGAAGUUGGCGGCUCAACCGUAACUACCCUGGGCUCUUCAGGGAUAGGCGAUUGGGUCCGCAUGGCCGGCCGCGGGCGCGGAGUUUGUCUGCCAUGAGAGCUUUCGUAGUCGCUCUCGUAACCGCUCCCGCGCUGGCUUCGGCUCUGGCGGCUGUACUGGCUUCCCUGGGGGCUACUAUCGCGGCUACCAUAAUGACUGCUCUUAUGGCUGCUGUGGUGGCUGCUGUGGUGACUUCUGCGAUCAUCGUCAUAAUAGCUUACAUCGUUAUUCUCAUAACGACUUCCACUGGCUCUACUGGAACCCUCUGGGGAACGGCCUCGGGACUUCGAUGACUUCGAAUGGGCACCUUUGCGCU